GGCGGCGGCGGCGGCGACACGACGCUGCGGGAGCGCAUCCUCCGGCGGCCAGACGGCUACAUCGGCUCGCCGGAGAAGCGCAGUACGCAGACGUUCUGGAUCAACGACGGCUACUACAUGGUGCCACGCGAGGUGACCUACCGCCCGGGCCUCCACAGGAUCUUCGACGAGGUCCUCGUCCACGCCGCGAGCAACAAGCGGCGCGACCCCUCCAUGGACACCCUCUCCGUCGAGGUCGACGUCGUCGAGCGCAGCGUCUCCGUCUUCUAUAACGGCCGCGGCGUCGUCCCCGUCGAGCUCGUCGACGAGGAGCGCGGCGUCUACGCGCCGGAGAUGUUCUUCGGCCACCUCCAUGACGACGACGAAGAGGAUGAUCAGAACAAGGCGACGAACGACGGCGGCGGUGGCUACGGUGUCAAGCUCGCCAACCUGUUCUCCACGGAGUUCAUCAUCGAGACCGCCGAUGGGUGCCGCAUGAAGAAGUACAAGCAGUAUCUCCUAGGAUCAUGA